AGUUCAUGUUCUUAUUGUGAAUAUGUGGAACAAUAAAUUAAUUGUAGUCAUUGUAAUUUUCUUCGCCAACCAUUUGUUGGCCGCCAAGAAGAAUUUCGAUUUGGAACUGUACAAUGUAAGCUGUGAAAAAUUUGACAAUGUUGUCAAACGCUUCGACUGCAACACUACCAGGAUAGCCAAAGGCCAUUAUACGACCGAUAUGUUCUUUUUAUUGGCCCGUACCUUGGACAAGAAUGCCGAAUUAAAGUUUGUACUGCAUUUUAUUCCCGAGAAAGGAUUGAAAUCAGUAAAAUUUGUGGACAUGAAAGUCAAUAUUUGCGAUGCCUUUGGUCAAGCAACCAGAGUGCCCUUGAUUAAAAGCAUAAUGGAGGAGGUACGCAGCAAAAGUAAUCUACCCUUUGAAUGUCCCAUAAAAGGGGACCAUUUGUACUCGAUGCUUAAAUUUAUCACAAAUUCUUCUUUAUUGCCUCCCUAUGCCCCGUUUCUAGUAUUCAACUAUACUUUGGCAAUUUUUGAAGAAAACAAAAAAAUUGCCAGCAUACGUACCAGAGGUGCAAUUGUUCCAUAGAUUUGGAAGAACAAUUUUAUGUUACAAUCUAUAAAUUUGGAAUAAACACCAAAUGUGUGUAUAUGUAUGAAGCAAAAUGAAAUCUGAAUAAUAAAGAAUGUUAUGAAGAGAUAAAACCA